AUGCGGCUCCCCGCCGCGCAGGACCCCCGCUCGAGCCGGCCGGGGCCCCGCUCGCCCGCUGACGGCCCCGCGGGCCGCUCCCGGGCCACCAUGGAGCCGGCGGCCAACGCCACCAACGCUUCGGAGGCGGCGGCGGCGGCGGCGGCGGCGGGGCUGGGGGAGGCGUGGGUGGCCGGGCUGGGCAUGGUCAUGUCCGUCAUCGUCCUGGCCAUCGUCUUCGGCAACGUCCUGGUCAUCACGGCCAUCGCCAGGUUCCAGCGGCUGCAGACGGUCACCAACUACUUCAUCACGUCGCUGGCCUGCGCCGACCUGGUCAUGGGGCUGGCCGUGGUGCCCUUCGGGGCCAGCCACAUCCUGAUGGACAUGUGGCAGUUCGGGAACUUCUGGUGCGAGUUCUGGACCUCCAUCGACGUGCUGUGCGUCACGGCCAGCAUCGAGACCCUGUGCGUCAUCGCCGUGGACCGCUACUUCGCCAUCACGUCCCCCUUCAAGUACCAGAGCCUGCUGACCAAGAACAAGGCCCGGGGGGUCAUCCUGGUGGUGUGGGUGGUGUCGGCCCUCACCUCCUUCCUGCCCAUCCAGAUGCACUGGUACCGGGCCGACCACGCCGAGGCCAGGCGCUGCUACGAGGAGGACACGUGCUGCGACUUCUUCACCAACCAGGCCUACGCCGUGGCCUCGUCCAUCAUCUCCUUCUACCUGCCGCUGGUGGUGAUGAUUUUCGUCUACUCGCGGGUCUUCCAGGUGGCCCGGAAGCAGCUGCGGAAGAUCGACCGGUCCGAAGGCCGCUUCCACGUGCAGAACAGCGGCCAGCAGGCGGACCGGCCCGGCCGCUCGGGCGCCCGCCGGACCUCCAAGUUCUGCCUCAAGGAGCACAAGGCCCUCAAGACGCUGGGCAUCAUCAUGGGCACCUUCACCCUGUGCUGGCUGCCCUUCUUCAUCGUCAACAUCGUGCACGUCAUCCAGGAUGAGGUCAUCCCCAAAUACGUGUACAUCCUUCUCAACUGGGUGGGUUACGUCAACUCCGCCUUCAAUCCGCUCAUCUACUGCCGGAGCCCGGAUUUCAGGUACGCCUUCCAGGAACUCCUGUGCCUCCGGAAGGCCUCCUCCAAGAUGUAUGUCAACGGCUACUCCACCAACAGCAACGGGAGGAGCGACCCCGCGGGGGAGCAGAACGGCUACCCCCUCGGGCGGGAGGAGGAGGAGGAGGAGGAGGAGGAGGAGGAGGAGGAGCGGGAGCGGGAGGAGGAGCAGCAGCGACGGGACAGUGAGCGGCUCUGCGGGACCCCCCCCAACUCCGCGGGCUUUUUGAACUGUAAAGAGACGCCUGGCCGCCCUGGGACUGUGGAAAGCUGAAACGGUCUUCGAGUCUCUUCCUGACCCCUCUCGGCUCAGGGCUCCAGAGGGAGACCCCCCCCGCCCCGGCCCAGGCGACGGGGGACGCGGCCAAAGUGGUGACCAAAGUGGAGGGAUGACGGACGGCGAGCCGGUCAAGGUCCCCGGCCGGUCCUCCCCACAUCCCGACGCGGAGGGGUGGACGGAGGAAGGGAGGCCCUUCGGGGUCGCGCCAGGGCCCUGGAGCAUCCCUCCUCCACACCUCAGGGGCCAGUGGUCCGGCCUGGGAGCUGACCUUGGGGUUCGCACAAAGGCUCCCAGCGGAGGAACUCGCUGACCUUUGGGGGGGGCGGUUGGGAUGGACGGCGGUUCUGCACCCGGAGAGACCCCGCACUCGAACCCA